AGACCGUCUGCAUAGCUGAAUGAUUGUUUGGCUUCAAAUCUAUAAAUAACCGUUCUUCUCCUCCAUGAGGCUGCAGCUAUUUUGGGUGUGGGGAUUUUGGGCUGUGUGUAGGGGUAGAGGUGCCAGGCGGACCAGACGGACACAGAUCCUUUCAGACCAAAUGUGAAGACCGACCAAAUCACGGCGGGUUUGACUCCCUUUUUUCGUUGUUUGUCAACAACAAGAGCGCACACGGACGUCUGCUAGCGUUUGAUGAAGAGACAGUCUGAGUGGCGGGAGUGAUCAUGAAUUCCACUUCUCCUCCUCCAGCGUUUGUUCGUGUCAGCGAGCGAGACUUGACAGAGAUUGAGCUCUAUUCAGUAGACUCCAUCAAUGACCUGCACCGCACACACUCUGAACAGCACAGCAAAGGUGUUCAGCCUCCUCGUCCACCUCCUCCUUCCACCAAUGGGAACCUUCAGAUGCAGGAUCGGCCAGUUGUUUAUCAAACCGGUCAGGCAGAUAGAAGGCCCUGCGUGAGCAGACUGAACCACAUCCUCACUUCCACUCGGAGGAACUAUUUCUUAACAUGUGCAGUCAUCACAGCGUUCCUCCUGACUCUUAUUCUAAUCUUUAGUUUUCUAGUCCAGCAGAGCAGGGCUCUCCACAUACUUACAGAGAUGGUGAAACAGGAACGGGAAACAGUUGAAGACAUCGCUCAGCUCUUAAAACGACACAUUAACCUCACAGAGCAGCGACCAUAACAUACAAAUACAAACCCACAGCGAAGACGCUGUACUGCACUGAGAGAAGAGCACUAAUUAUGAGUCCACUACUGAUCAAAAACGGUCUUUGUCAUUAAGGUUUAUUUCACGGAUCUUAAACAGCCUGCUCAAGAACAUUCAAUUCAUUGGUUUAGUUGUGUGCAGAGUAACUGGACAAUAGUAGUUAUGCGUUUUUUCAAUACGUAUACACUUUUCUGGAACUUUCUACAGUAGUUUCACCACAGCAGAUGAUAAUAUAAAACAACUAGGAAAUACUGAAAGGCUAUUAAUAAUCUUACUCGUAUAUUGUCACUACAUCAAAUGGUACUUUGUGAUAUAAAAAUGCUUUAUAAAUGACAUUUUAAAUGAGCAAGCACAUCCCACUAUUGUGAGUGAUUGCAGAAUGACUGUAAAUAAUUAUUUAAACCAUGAUGUUCUGUUUGAUAAACAAAAAUAUUAAAAUAAACAAUAAAAUC